CUCUUUUCCAUUGACCCUGAGACUCGUUUGGCCUGGUUCCAGCCUGCGACGAUGGUACCACUUUACAAAUACCAACUAUUCGGUCUGCUGUUCGCUCUUGCGAUCUACAACGGUAUCACUCUACCAGUCUCGUUCCCCUUGGCCUUUUACAAGAAGCUGCUUUUCCAAGCACUCGGCGAAACUGAUUUGGCAGAGGGCUGGCCGAGUCUGGCUAGAUCAUUGCAACAUCUUCAGACGCAUCAAGGCUCUGUAGAGGAAGACUUUGCUCGAGAAUAUGUUUACAGUUUCGAUGCUAACGGUUUGCAUCUGGACUGGCCAGGCUGGAGGGUCGAGGUCGCGGACCCUGGCGAGUUGCCUCAGUCAGUCACCAACAACAAUCGUCAGGAUUUUGUUUCGAGCUAUUCCAGAUGGGUGAUGGACUGGUCGAUUCGUCCACAGUUCAACGCGUUCGCCAAAGGGUUCUACUCUGUGAUGAAUCUUAGACCGUUGACGCUCUUGAAUGCUGACCAGUUUCGCACUCUGGUCGAAGGUUACAAUCAUCUCGACAUUCACGCUUUGCAAAAAGCCACGACCUACAAUCAUUACACAGCCAAUUCUCCCGUGGUUCGCUGGUUCUGGGAAGUGGUCAAAGCCUAUCCUCAAGAAAAGCAGAAGCAACUGCUGGAGUUCGUUACAGCAAGCAGUCGAGUGCCUGUGAACGGAGCUGAGAGCUUGGUAUUUGUCGUUGAGAGAAGCGACUCUGAGACGAGUGCGCUGCCUGGAAGCAGCACCUGUUUUGGCACGCUCAGGCUUCCUGAAUAUGAGAGCAAGGAGAUUUUGGCGAGCAAGUUGGGAAUUGCUCUAGAACAUUCAUUAGGCUUUGGACAAGCAUAG